ACUCCUAAUCAUGGCUCUGAUAGGAAAUGACACCUCAGCUCGCCCCGAUUAUGUUCCCCAUUACCUCCUGGCGGGCGACCCUUUUGCCUCCAAGCUGUCCAAGGAGGCCGACAUCGUGGCUGCUUUCUACAUCUGCAUCAUAGGGAUCAUGUCAGCCAUAGGAAAUGGCUAUGUUAUAUACAUGACCAUCAAACGCAAGACAAAGCUAAGGCCGCCUGAGCUCAUGACAGUCAACUUAGCCAUAUUUGACUUUGGCAUAUCAGUCACAGGGAAGCCGUUCUUUGUGGCGUCCAGUUUCUCCCACCGCUGGCUGUUUGGCUGGGAGGGCUGUCGUUUCUAUGGCUGGGCUGGCUUCUUCUUCGGUGUUGGCAGCCUCAUCACUAUGACCGUAGUCAGCCUAGACAGAUAUCUCAAGAUCUGCCAUCUCAGAUACGGGACGUGGCUAAAGAGGCAACAUGCUUUCCUGAGUAUGGUGUUUGUGUGGCUGUAUGCAGGCUUCUGGGCCACCAUGCCCCUGGUAGGCUGGGGCAACUAUGCUCCCGAGCCCUUUGGCACUUCCUGCACUCUGGACUGGUGGCUGGCCCAGGCCUCCGUGGCGGGCCAGAGCUUCGUCAUUGCAAUCCUCUUCUUCUGCCUCAUCUUCCCCACCGGCAUCAUCGUUUUCUCCUACGUCAUGAUCAUCUUCAAGGUCAAGUCCUCAGCCAAGGAAAUCUCCCACUUUGACACCAGGAACCAGAACAGCCAUAAUCUGGAGAUGAAACUGACCAAGGUGGCGAUGCUGAUCUGUGCCGGUUUCUUGAUAGCGUGGAUCCCUUAUGCAGUGGUCUCAGUGGUGUCUGCGUUUGGCGAGCCCGACUCAGUGCCUAUCUCGGUCUCUGUGAUCCCCACUCUGCUUGCUAAGUCCUCUGCCAUGUACAACCCCAUCAUCUACCAGGUCAUCGACCUGAAACACUCCUGCGCUAAAUCCUCCUGUUUUCAAGUUCUGAAGAAGCGCACACAUUUAAAAAAGUCACGGUUUUACACAAUUUCUGGCUCACUUAAAGUCAGUCCGUCCAGUAAUCAGUCUCACAUUGAAAUGUGA